AUGCCCAACAAAACCAACGCUGUCUCUCCUUUUUAUGAUCAAGAGCCUGGCGCUCCACCUCCCUUCCCUCCUAUGCUCACGGACCAGCUUGAACUAUUUGACAGUGCUCACCGCUCAACUAUGCUCGUUUCCGACGAGAUUCUUCCUUCCAGAAUCAGUACUGUCGAUCCUCCUCAGCAUAUUAAGCACCGCGAGCACACGCCGGCGCCUGAGUUCAAGCUUGCAGCACGGCCAUCCCAGAAUGAUUCCUCUUCCUCGCCAUACUCGAAGAGAGUUUCGUUCGAGCGUUCCAGUUCUCGGACGCCCAUGCUCUCAGAUUAUUCGAGUUCAUUAGAUUCAAUGUCGGAAAGUGGCUCCUCAACUUCAACUGAGAGUCUCUCGGAUGAAUCGAAGAUACCAAAGCCCCCUGGUGAACCUGGUCGUCCGGGGCGUGGAGGAUACACACUUAACGAGGCUUUAGACUGGAACCCAAAGGCAUAUGCUAAAUUCAAGAAAUCUAUGCACCACCUCAUUGAAGAACAUCUCAAUACGACCAAGUGCGCUUCUUCCCAAAACCAUGCGCUCCUGAAAGUUGUGCGCGACAAAGCUGUCGAUGCUUUCCCGGACUUAGAAAACUACAGGGACUUUUGGCCGCUGAAUGAUAUGAUCAUGAUGCGUUUGAAAUAUACAUCAGGUCGUGCUAGGCAGACACAGGCAAUGAUGGCUGUGGGCAAGUCCAAGAGCAAGACCAAGAAAGAUCCAUCGAAAGCGAGAUGA